AGCCCAAGUCUUAAUUCACACUCUUAAAAACUGCAAAAACAAGAGAGCUUGAAGAAGAAGAAGAAUAUCUGGGUUUGGUUUAUGAAAGUUGAAUGGAGAAGAAAGGUGAUGAAAAUCGUACUGUGACGACGAUGGCGAAUUCGACAUUUUCCGAUGAGAAUCCUGCGGCAAGUGGUUUUGUUUUACCAAACAUCUUUGACACGUUGUCUUGUGAGGGAGAUUAUAAGUGGGGGUCCUCUUCUUUUGGGUUCUUGGAUUUGCUUCAAGAUUUUGGCGGGGGUAGUGAAGGGGUUUCUUUAUUCGAUUCUUUACAAUACCCACCGAUUAAUUUGCAGCCACUACAAGACCAACAACAUCUCCAGCAGCAGCAGCCACUCCCUUCUCCGGCCUCCUCCACUGUACCUGAAUCUUCAGAGGUUUUGAACAAUCCAACUACUCCAAACUCUUCAUCGAUCUCUUCUUCUUCAAAUGAAGGUAAUAAUAAUAAAGGUGGGGAUGAAGAAGAGCAGGAACAAGAUAAGACUAAGAAACAGUUGAAACCCAAAAAGAAGAACCCAAAAAGGAAGAGAGAGCCUAGAUUUGCGUUCAUGACGAAGAGCGAGGUUGAUCAAUUAGACGACGGAUACAGAUGGAGAAAGUACGGCCAAAAAGCAGUGAAAAACAGUCCUCACCCAAGAAGCUACUAUCGUUGCACCAGUACAGGAUGUGGUGUGAAAAAGCGAGUAGAGAGAUUAUCUGAUGAUCAAGCCAUAGUUGUGACAACUUAUGAAGGCCAACACACACACCCAAGGCCAAUAACGCCUAGAGGAAACAUUGGAAUUUUGGCUUCAGAUUCAACUCCUUUUGCUGCUACUUCUGCCUCAUGUUUCCUUGUUCCACAGCCUCAAUUUCUUCUAAAUCAUCAACAUCAUCCCUUUAUAUAUACCUCCUCACCUUCUCUUAACAUUACCUCUACUACUACUACUACUCCACCGGCUUCGUUGCUCAGAGACCACGGCCUUCUUCAGGACAUGGUGCCAUCGCAGAUGCGCAAUGGGCCAAAUGAGAAUAAUUAGUGUUAUGUAUUCAUUGAUCUGAUCUUAUUUUACUGGUAUGUAUUUCUCUAACGUAACCCCCUUCACCAUUUCAGAUUGUGUCUCUUGGGAAAUGACUAGUCCAUGGAGGACUGGUUAAUUUGUACUGGUGAAUGUCUAUGUUUAUUCUUUCUUUGUAUCUAGAGAUAUGAGACUAGCUACAUAUCCAGUCAUGGAGUUAGUAAGUUUUCCUCAUUUUGCCUAUUUUAACUAUUAUCAUUAGUUAUUAUUAUUA